UCAGGAGGAAGCCGGCUCUGUGCCUGGAGGGGAUCCGCCAUCUCAGAUCUCUCGGCCUUGCCUGGGCCCACCGGAGAAAACUGAUACCCCGGUCCUAUUAUACUUAUGGGGGACCAACCUUGUGACUCCGGGAGAUCUACGCUCCCACCAGGAAACACGCCGGAACCCAAGCCUCCAAAAAAACGCUGCCUCCUUGCUCCACGGUGGGAUUAUCCAGAAGGAACUCCCAGUGGAGGUAGUACCACUCUCCCCUCGCAACCUCCUCCUGCUUCAGCCGGCCUGAAGUCGCACCCUCCUCCUCCGGAGAAGUAGUGAAAUAUAUUUUUUUCCACCUUAAACCAGGUCAGAUUUUUUCUUUCUCAUCUGGGACAUCCAGGCUCUCUGAAACUUAAUUAUGCUUUCUCCCGGAUUUUCCCCCCUUUCCCUGUUCUUUCCACACAUUAAAAAAAA